CCCAAGGAAAGGCAGAAGCGGCUGGUUCGAGGCGGGAAGCGAGUCCGGGUUCUUUGGCACGUGGGAAAAGGCGGCCCGGGAGGAGCAUGCGGAGGACUCGAGCGGAGGAGGAAAGAGAGAAGGAGGCGAAGGGCUUACACACGCGUGUGUGUGUCUAAGGCUGCAUUGGUGAAACGAGGUAUUGAUCGGCCGCAUUUGGCAAUUUCUUCCCACCCGGCGUCGAUAUCAUGUCGGCCUCUGACUACGCCGUGGUUGACCUCACAAAUAGCUUCUUUACGUUCCCGUCGGAAUUCAGAUGAUAAACUACGCGGAAAACCCAAUCGAUGGAUGAUUAGGAAGUUUGGAGCACCAGAUCGCGGCCCCGCGGCAAGCAGAGGUUCAGGGAAGAGAUGGGUGAAAGGAUACUAUAGAGAGAAACGAAAACUUCUGAAUGAACUUGGUGAGAGCUGCCUUCCGUAUCUGACGCCAAAAGAUGCUGGCUUCUAUCAACUGUGGAAGACUAAAUAUUCCAAACUUAUCCUCAAGAACUCGGAGACGAUCCCUCAAGACCUUCACGAAGAAGUCCAAAAUGCCUUUUUCGCUUUGCGAAAGCACGCUUGCUUCUUCCAAGACCUCGUGAGGAUCAAAGGGAGGGAUUUUGUUACCCCUGUAUCUCGCAUAUUAAUUGGGAACCCAGGGUGUACUUACAAAUACUUGAACACAAGGUUGUUUACCGUCCCUUGGCCCACGGAAGGCUACAACAUCAACUAUUCAAAUCCUGAAAUAUCCCUGGCUUGUAAUGCCUUAAGCAGGCUUAAUGACUACUUGCAGAGAGAAACUUUGCUGGCUUUGCAAGAGCAGGAUUUGGCCGAGACAACUGGAAUGCAGGAUUUACCCCUUGGGGACGGGAAUCAAGAUGACGCUACUAACGUUACCGAGAUGGAAGCUGUUUUGCAAGAUCAAAACCCUUCCCCUGUCCCGAAGACUGACUCCACCGUCCUGAAAGAGAGAACAUCUUACAACCUGACGUUAUUAAAUUAUAUGGAUCCCCAGAAAAUGCCGUCCUUGAAACCGGAGCCCUAUUUUGGCAUGGGGAGCAUGGCCGUGAGUUGGCACCACGAUGAAAAUCUAAUGGAAAGGUCAACAGUGGCGGUCUACAGUUACAGCGGGGAAGAAGUUGAUGGUGGAGUCCUUGAAGAAAAAUCUGCUGCUGGCAGAGAUCCAGAUGUUUGGCAUGUUGGCUUGAAAGUUGCUUGGGAUAUAGAGACGCCAGGCUUAGCAAUUCCACUCCAUCAGGGAGACUGCUACUUUAUGCUAGAUAAUCUGAAUACGACUCACCAACAUUGCGUGUUGGCUGGCCGGCAGUCAAGAUUUAGCUCCACACACAGAGUGGCAGAAUGCUCAACGGGGACCCUACCAUACAUUCUGGACAAAUGCAAGGCAGCGCUGAAAAAUUUGAAUACCGAUGCUGGUUUGAAGGUCCCGUCCUUGAAAUCACUGGAGGUUGGAGAUAUAAUGCGAGUGGAAAAAACUCACAGUGAGGUGGAAUUUGAAUGGCUACGACAGUUUUGGUUCCAAGGGAAACGGUACAGAAGAUGUACCGACUGGUGGGACAAGCCAAUGGCCGAUCUGGAAGACCUUUGGAGACAAAUGGAGCUCAUGACGAGUCUACUGCUCUGUGAAUUACGAAAAGAAGAACAGAUGCAAGAACAAAGGAAUGAAAAAACCAGCAGCCUUCUCCCCCUCCUGGUUGAACGACAAGCUCUGCGUCAAGAAUGGCUGGUGAGGUGCCAUUCACCACUUUCAGAAAACUUACCGGAGGACGAGAAACCGAAAUGCCAGCCUUACUGGGAGGACAAUGAUCCCAGUAUGCCGUUACCUUUUGAUCUUGAUGAUAUAAUAAUUGAACUACAGACAAUUCUGGAAGAUUAGAAGAGCUUUUAUCAGAAACUGGAGUUGGAGUUCCACUGCUAAGAAGCACCAAAAAAAACCCAUGAAAGCAAAGAAGCCCAUUGAUUAAUUGUAGUUUUGGCAAUAUUCAGUAGCACGGUCGGUUGAGAAACAGAUCAAAAAGGGGUCCUUGGUUUUCUCUGAGCUUGGUUGGUUUUUUUGAGACAUUUCAUUACCCAACUAGGUAACAUCACCAGUGCUAGAAGGGAGCAGGGUUUGCAGAAAAGAGGAGGAAGACUGUGGGACCCCUGGUGUUCCUCUGAGUUUAGUUGUUUUCUUUCAGACGUUUUAUUACCCAAGUAGGUAACAUCAUCAGUGCUAGAAGGGAGCAGGGUUUGCAGAAAGGAAGAGGAUGGUUCUUGGUGCUCUCUUAGCUUGGUUGUUUUCUUGCAGAUGUUUCAUUAUAACCCUGAGCUACAAAUAUUCUCAUUUAUUGGUCAAUUGAAAAGGACAUUGGCGCAGGAUUAUGAAAAGUAGAUUAUCUGGAAUCUGUGUUGGGGCUAAAAACUCAAGCGAUAGCCAUACCAAAAAGUAUUUCAGAUAGGUAAUGUGAAAUAAAGGACCAACUGAUGCCUGUUUUUUUUUUUGAUGUUUAUUGAUAUUUUGGUCUUCGGUUACAUGAUAAACACCAUCGAGUUGCCCAAGAAAUUUGGAAUCAUAUUAUUCUAUUUGAACAUAGGGCUGAACAAGAAGACUUGAACAAGAAGAUCUCAAAGGUCCCUUCCAACUUCUAUUAUUCUGCUUUCUGCUUCUGUGAUAAGUGAAAUUAUAUUUUGGCCCAGCAAUACUGGUCACACCUGAUUGCGAUCUUCACUCGGAAUAGGUAGCUAGGCAAAGUUAUCCCGUAAUUGUCCUCUUUCUCCUUGAGCAAACAGGAUUUUGUAGGUCAGAGGGUGGGCUACACAACAAAGCACAAAGAUUAUGCAGUUUGGACUCUACCAAACUUUGGCAUUGUAUGCUGUAUGUCUUUCCUGAUGAAAUCUGAAUCUUCCCUAAGGAGAACCAGGAUCCGAUGGAGAAGGCCUCCUUCCUUCCAAUCAUUUUACUGAAUUGCAAUGGGCACCUUUAGCAAAAUCCUGUUUCUGGACUUGGCUCGCCUUUCAUUUUUCAUCAUUGUUGCUGGACAAAAUGGCAGGGAAAUAAGUCCCCCCUCUUCCCUACACACACACACAUACACACGUGUGUGUGUGUGUGUGUGUGUGCGUGUGUCAAGCUAAAUGGAUUACUGAAGAUACAGAUCUGUUUGCCUGUCUGCACUUGCCUUUAGACAAUAUUCAUCAGUUCUACAAAAAGCUCUUGAUUAAACAGAGAAGCCAAACAAAUGUCAAGGUUCAAAGCAAAAGGCCCUUUGCUCCCAUCUCACAAUCCUCAAAUUGGACUGAUAGUUGACUUUGCAUUAGCCGUAAGUAAUUGUCUUGGCAGAAAUGAAAUCAGCUCACAGCUCUGAAGGUAGGAAAAUUGGCAAGGGAGACCUCUUAUUUUGCCUUUAGGGAGAAUAGAGAAUGGAAUGGAAUGGAAUGGAAUAGAAUGGAAUAGACUAGACUAGACUAGACUAGACUAGACUAGACUAGAAGAGAAGAGAAUAGAACAGAACAGAACAGAACAGAACAGAAUAGAAUAGAAUAGAAUAUUGGAAUAGGACAGAACAGGAUAGGAUAGGAUGGGAUAAAGAAUAGAAUAGAAUAGAAUAGAAUAGAAUAGAAUAGAAUAGAAUAGAAUAGAAUAGAAUAGAAUAGAAUAGAAUAGAAUAGAAGAACUGGAAGAGACCUUGGAGGUCUUCUAGUCCAACCCCCUGCUCAAACAGGAGACCAUUCUGGACAAGUGGCUGUCCAAUAUCUUCUUAAAAACCUCCAUGAUGGAGCACCCAUAACCUCUGGAAGCAAGUCGUUCUGCGGAUAGAUUGUUCUCAUUGUCAGGAAAUUUUUAGGUUGGAUCUGUCUUUGCUGAAGACAGAAGAAGAAGAAGACAAUAGAAUACAAGCAGGAGAGGGGGAGAGGUCCACUGAUUCUCUAAAGCAUCUGAAGACAAGACAAGAAGCAAUGGAUGGAAACCAAUCAAGGAGAGAAGGAACCUGGAAUUAAGGAGAAACUUCAUAACUGUACGGACAAUUAACCAGUGGAACGACUUCCCUCCAGAAGCUGUGAAUGCUCCCGCACUGGAAGUUUUUAAGAAGGGACUGGACAUCCACCUGUCUCAAAUUGUAGAGGGUCUCCUGCUUAAACAGGGGGUUGGACUAGAAGACUUCCAAGGUCCCUUCUAGCUCUAUUCUGAUUGAUUGACCUUUUCCAUCUGUUACUUCUUUUGUCCUGCCUGCACAAAAUUUAAGUUUUGGCUAGGGAAUUCUGGGAGUUGAAGUCCACAAGUCUUAAAAUUUGCCAAGGUUGGACAUCCCUGGUUUAGCACAUCCCUGGAACGCAUGCAAAAGUCUUAGAACUGGCUUCUUGUUAAAUAAGGAGCAGUGGGGAGGGCAGAGGUGGGCUGCUGGGGGUUCGUAGGUGUUCGGGAGAACCUCUAGCUAAAAUUAUGUGCAGUUCAGAGAACCCCCAAAUCCCACUCCUGGCUGGCCCUGGCCACCCCACCCCUCCUAGGAGUCCCACACAGCCCAUUUUGGAUGCAUGUAAGUGCAGGGCGCACACAGAGGCUCAGGGUCGGCAAAAAAACGGGCCUACCGGAAGUUCGGGAUGGCCGGAAACAGGCUUGUUUCUGGCCUCUGGGGUGGUUGUUUUCACCCUCCCGGAGGCUCGAGGAAAGCCUCCAGAGCCCGGGGAGGGCAACACCCCCCCCCAUGUAGUGCAGGAAGCCGAUUAGGCCACGCCCACCAUGGCCACGCCCACCCAGCAACCAGGCAGAGAACCCCUUGCUAAAAAAUUUUUUGAAGCCCACCCGCGGGGGAGGGGACGUUUCCUUCUUUUGCCUCUUCAGAGCUAACCCAGGGCUGCAGUCCUUCCUUUGAUGCCGUCUGUCUGUCUGUCGUCUCUCUAGUUCAAAGUUUCUUCUGCCACUCUGGCUAAUGGGGUCUUUUCGUAAUAGAUUGCCGGUCUCUUGAGUCGCCAGAUUUUUUUAUUUAUUUUAUUUAUUUUUUGAAAGACGGGUCACAACCGAGAAGGUCUGGCUGUUAAAUAAUAUUUGAUGCCGCUCAGGGGAAUGAUAAUUACAGCAGUUUAGUUAGGAAGAUUCGGGGGGGGGGGGAGGCGUAAGAAGAGCCGCAUUCCUGCAAGAGGCAGGCUCAGCCCUGACCUUUGGCAAGGAAGUGGGGUCAAAAAAAAAACCAAAAACCCAUCCAUCGCCUCUGAAGUUGGCAUAUCGGCUCACAUCGGUGAGGUUUGGGAAAGAACCAGGGGGUAGAUAAGAGGGGAGCUUAUUCAAUCACACUUCUGGAAGAAAAGAAAAGGAAUAGAAGAAGAAGAUGCCAAACAAGAUUCACGUAGUGAUGAGUGAGAGGUACCGGGAGGGAUUCCAGCCUGUACAAUAUCAGCCAGACCUGUCCAAGGUAAUACAUGGAGUUCCUAAAAGAAAGAUCUUCACAUCUAUUGCCCGUGAAAGGUGAGGUGAUGUUCUCCAGCUCUUUUGGGGUUUGGUUUUUUGUUUUUUUUUGAGACCAGACAAGUAGGACAGCCUUUCCCAGCCUAAAUCCACCCUCUCUCCAUAACAUCCUAAGCCAAUGAUGGCUAACCGUUUUGCUGUCAUGUGCCAAAAGUGGGGGGGGAGGUCAUGCGUGUGCCCACACCCAUGAUUCAAUGCAACCCGCCCCCCCCAUGCUCCCCCCGACACCUCCCAUGCUCCCCCCACUUUUGGCACGCCAUGGUAGACCCGUUUUUUUGCCUUCCCCAGGCUCCAGAGUCUUUCUUGGAGCCUGGGGAGGGUGAAAACGGACUCCCGCCCCCGGAGGAUGGGAACAGCCCAUUUCCCGACUUCCGGUAGGACCGGAAGUCCCAUUUUUCGCUCUCCCCAGGCUCCAGAGGAUUUCUAGGAGCUGGGGAGGGUAAAAAUGGCCUGCCCCCCCCAAGGCCCUCCAGAGGCCGGAAACAGCCUGUUUACUGACUUUCAAUGGGCCUGGAAGGCCCAAAAAUCAGCUGGCCGGCAUGCGCAUGCGCACUGGAGCUGAGCUAGGGCAAUGCUUGUGUGCCCACAGAUAUGGCUCCGUGUGCCACCUGUGGCACGCAUGGUAGAGGUUCACCAUCACAGUCCUAGGCUGACCCAUAGAAUCAUAGGGCCGGAAGGGACCUUGGAAGUAUUCUAGUCCAACCUGCUGCAUUGAUGAUAUUACCGGGCUUGGUAAUGAAACAUCUACAAGACAACUACGAAGAUCCGAGAGUACCAAGGACCUCACAUGUCCUCCUCCUCCUCCUCUUCCUCCUCCCCACUUCCUUCUCCUCCUCCUCCCAUUCUCCUCCUUCUCCAUUCCUCAAACCUCAUCCUGUUACUGAUGAUGUGGAGUUUAAUAAUAAAAUGUCUGCAAGAAAACCAUGAAACUUAGAGAGCACGAGGGACAUCGUCUCCAUCUCCUCCUCUUCCUCCUCCCCCAAAUCCCACUUCCUUCUAGCACUGAUGAUGUUACCUCGAUGGGUCAUGAAAUGUCUGCAAGAAAACCACCAAGGUCAGAGACCACCAAUGACUCUACAGUCCUCCUCUUCCAACUCCUCCUCUUCCUCCUCUUCCCAUUCACCUGAAAAAAGUGGCUUAUGACCAUUUUUCACACUUACGACCCUUACAGCAUCCCCAUAGUUAUGUGAUCAAAAUUCGGACCCUUGGCAUCUGACUCAUAUUUAUGACUGGUGUAGCAUCCCGGGGUCACGUGAUCCCCUUUUGUGACUUUCCAACAAGGCAAAUCAACGGGAAAGCCAGAUUCACUUAACAACCAAUCAACCGCAGGGAUUCACUUAACAACAACCGUGGCAAGGAAGGUCAUAAAAUGUGGCAAAACUUCCUUAACAAAGGUCUCAUUUAACCACAGAAAUUUUGGCCUCAGUAAGUUUGUAUGGCCUGAAGAGCAAGGAUGAAUUCAAAACCCUUUGUAUACAUUGAAGCAGGAGUAAAAUCCAGCAGGUUCUGACAGGUUCAGGAGAACCUGUAGCAGAAAUUUUGAGCAGUUCGGAGAAGCGGCAAAUACCACCUCUGGCUGGCCCCAGAGUGUGGUGGGAAUGGAGAUUUUGCAAUAUCCUUCCCUCAGGAGUAGGGAGGGAAUGGAGAUUUUGCAGUAUCCUUCCCUUGUCACAUCCGCCAAGCCACACCACACCCAUCAAGCCACACCCCACAAAACCAGUAGUAAAAAAAAUUGGAUUUCACCACUGGAUUUGAAGCAAAUAAUUGAGAUAUCUGAUGCUUCAUUUGAGACUCGGUCAUCACCCAAACCGUCAGGCAGCUCUCACUCGCCAAUCGUAUCAAAGAUCUAAAUAUCACGAUUAGCCGGUCCUGGCUAUUCUCUCUGGUAAUUAGAAGAAUCACUACGAGAAAAUUUUUUUUUGAUUCCGUCUAUUUAUCGAAAGAAAGAAUCUUUAUGGUAAUUUCCAAGGGAGAAACCAUUAGCUUCUUAAGGCAAACCACUGGAAAGGCACGAUAGAUCAAAUUGCUGGAAUUACUAUUUAAUACUUAUUUAUAGCUCACAUUUCUAGGGAUACCUUGGGGGCGUGUUUUUUUUUAAAGGCCUCUAAAAGAACAUACGCUUCUGUAUUAAAGAGUAAUGAAAAUAUAUAUUCCCCUGGUCUGUUUUGAUGUUUUUCAAUAUUAGCUCCUGUCUUUUUCUUUCUUUCUUUCUUUUUUUGAUAGAGACAUACAGCAUCCUAUGCAAAGAAAUGUUUUUUUGAUGAAGAAGUCAAUAAGGAAAACAAAGAGUCCUCUUUUAAGGUAUAUUUUUUAAUAAAGGCAGGCGCACAAUAACCGUGUUUUGAAAUCUCUUCCGUUCCUGCGAAUCUCUGAAGACAAAUCCACUCAGACCGAGUGGAGCAAAAUUCCAAGUUUCUGUGUUGUAUGUCAGGGCUGAGGAGGACUUGUCAGUUCCUCCGAUGUCAGGUUUAAUCUUCAAAAAAAAAUGACAGGCAAUUUGUUCAGGGAACUGUGCAGAAUGACAAGAUAGAGAAGGAUUGUAAAACACGGCACCUGUGUGGGAGCCUUGCUUUCCGCGGACAUCAAAAACGGUUGUUUUCUUUUGCUAUUAGUCCACUGAUGCUGAACAACUGAGCAGAGGACUCCGGCUUGGUGGUGGAGUAGCUACUCUCUACUCUUGAGUCUCCUCGGUUCGCUUUGAGCUAAGAAAAUACUUGGUCUGAAACCAGGGGUGAGCUUCACAAAUUUUAGCAAGGGAUUCUCUGCCCGGUUGCUGGAUGGGUGUGGCCUAGUCAGCCUCCAGCAUCACCAUGGGGGGGGAGGCAUUUUUGCCCUCCCCAGGCUCCGGAGGCUUUCCUUGUGCCUCUGGGAGGGCGAAAACUGAAGGCUCUGAAGGCCCUCUAGAGGCUGGAAACGGGCCUGCUUCUGGCCUUCCCGAACUUCUGGUAGGCCCGUUUUUCACCCACUCAUCCCCGAGCUUCCACACACACCCUGCACUUAUCUGCAUCCAAAACGGGCC